AUGUCCUCGAUAAAGAGUCAAGACAUCACACUCGGCAACGUGUUUGAGCAGACCAAGUACUACUUUUUCGGGUGUGUCUCGUGUCAGCUCCUUGCAAGGACCCCACGAACCACCGGCGACGUAGACGUUGUUAUUGAGAAUUCUUCAAACGCCUUGCCGGACCCGCACGACUGGCUCGACGAUGAGCCGCUCUUCUGGAGCAAGACAAAUUCACAAUACGUCUGUGCUACAAUCCUGGAAGAAGAAGAAGACAAAGACAACAUCCUAUAUCAGCGUCGCUGUUUUCUCGAGAUUGACAUCAAUGCUGCCAGAUGGGGCAGUUUCCCCCGCUUUGAGACCAUUCGCAAUGCACUGGUCCAGUUGCCAGAAGGCUGUGGGCUCUCUCUGCCGCGGAACGAACUAUUGAAGCUUAAGUUGGCGGGCUGGGCUGAGAAGUCUCGCCGCGAGGGUCCAAAGAAGCGCAACGACACGUUGGACAUCGUUGCAUUGCAAGUAGCAAUGUAUCUUGAGGGGGAAUUUUUGGAUCAAGACACUAUGACCGACAACAUGAAGGAUGGCUUGAAGUUGUGGCUACAGGAAAUGAAUGAUGAGGCCGAGUGGCGACCGAUUGGGCUACGGCUUCACCUUACCCUUCUGCGCCUCACACGCUCUCGCGAACACUACAAAUUCGAUUUCGCCGUGCUAUCGCAAAUCCGCACCCACAUCAAAUCAUGGUGGCAACAGACACCUUUGCCAACAACUACAGCAUCGCCUACCUUCCAAAAGUGGCACAACUUUGACCAAGAGCAGUGGAUGCCAUUUGUCAGCCACAAAUUUCCUCGGCCUGGAAUCAGACACCAGUGGGCGGGCUCAUUCCGCAUCAUUCCUGGAUACAGCAAGAUUGCUGGCCGCGGGAUCAUCGCCGGCGACUUCAAUCCCGUUCCCCCAGAAGACGACGACCUUGUACGCGCCAACGAUCUUACCGAUGCGUGGACACAACUUCAUCCAAACAGCCCAGGUCACACUUGGGGUGUAUAUGGUGAACAGUCUUUCCCGUCAAACCGAUUCGACAAGGUUGCUCUGUUUAAUCUUAGCCCUUCAGGCAUGGGCAUACUGCAAACGAGCGAGUUGAGAUUCUGUAGCGAAAAGACCUCGGUCGAUGCAACAGAAUCGAUUCCAAAAGCACAUUUCAGCGAUCAUCUAGGUCUUUGGUGUGACGUUGGAUGGGAAGAAGACCGACCGCGCCCGGAAUGA